CGAGAUUUCUUCUACCUAUAUUAACUAAACUUAAAAGCAUUUAUAAAUAUUCAUUAUUUAUAAAUGCUUUUAAGUGUGAAUAUCUAGAUAAUAUGGCAGAUAUAAUAGACAGUGAAGAUUUCGACAAAGAUACAGUUGACUCAGAAACUUUAGAACAACUUUUUAGCAAAAAAUAUGAAUUGAUCGCUGAAACUACUGUGUCCCUCAAGAAAUCCUAUAUUAAUAAGUUAGCAGGCACAAAAUCAUCAAAAUUAGCAGUUAGUUUACAAGACAAUAGCAUAGAAAUAUAUGAGUUCCACAACGGAUCCUUAUCAAAGACAUGUCGACUGAGCGGGCACAAGAAAGCCCUGAAAGAAUUAGUGUACAGCCCUAAGGAGGAUCACCUGCUGUUCUCAGCUGGAGAAGAUGGACUGGUUAAGCUGUGGGACACUCGGCAGAGUGGAAGCUGUGUUCAAGAGUAUAACGAUGAAGAAUCCGGCAUCACCCGGCCUUUUGAAUGCAUGGACGUGUCGUGCAAUGGCCGGUUGCUGUGCGCUGGCAGUCAGGUCGUGGAAGAUGACGCAUACCUCGUCUUCUGGGACACGAGGAACACAAAGCCUCUCGGAGGGUAUUGGGAGUCACAUACCGACGAUAUCACUCAGGUGAAAUUCCACAAUGACAAAACGGAAGUACUAGCGACAGGCUCCCUAGACGGUCUUCUGAACAUCUUCAACAUAAUGGAGCAGUGUGAAGAUGACGCAUUAUUAUACUCUCUUAACGUGGAGAACUCCGUGGAGAGGAUAUCCUGGCUGGUCGGGGACCAGGUGGGCUGCGUGACCCAGAGCAAUGACCUACAGCUGUGGGACUCGGCGACUGGGGAUCUGGUCAGGAGUUAUGGCAGGGAUAAGAUUGCUAGGAGUAUGAAGAGAAGUAAGGAUGACGACUGCUACCUGGUGGAUGUCUUCACCUCCACAGACGACACUCCUGUUGUAUUGGCCGGCUCGUACGGAGGGGACGGACAUGUGCUGAGGUCGCUGAGUAUAACAAACAAGAAGUUACAACCUCACUCAAACUUCGCGCAGAACAAACAAGUGGUCCGGUGCUGCUGGUAUCAGAAAGAUCACGAGCUGAUGGUGACCGCGGGCGAGAGCGGCGCGCUGGGCGUGUGGCGCGCGGCGCACGCGCAGCCCGCGCCGCGCCAGCCCGCGGCCGCGCUCGGCAGGCUGCGCGCGCGUCGGCAACGACCUUACUGAUAUAUAUUAUCUAAACAAGCUUGUUUGUUUUACUUUCUUUAAUUUUUUUUUAAUUGACUUUUAUUUGACAUUUUAGUAAAAAGAAAUAUUUUUUACUACGCUUUUAUUAUUACUCUUAAAGUUCUAAUAAGUAGAGCACCUUUUUAAAGUGCGUAAUGCCCAGUAUUGGCCAUUAAUAUCUAUGUACGUUCUUAUAAAAUUACUUAUGGCACUUAUUAACAUUUAUGAAAAAAAAUGAAGGAGGCUAUCUCUGGGUUACCUAAAUAUACUUAUUUUACAUAAAUAUAGGUAGCUUUUAAGAAAAUAAAACCUACGCGCCAAAUAUUAUCAUUUUUGUGCGUCAAAACGAAGAACGUUGAAAUAAAAAUCCAAAAUUCAGUAAAUCCUUUAUUUGGAAGUACUGUAAAAGCUAGCAAACACUAAAAAUAU